UUAGGGACAGUCUUUCUAUUAACAAUCCCAUUUUUAUUUUUCUAGAUAAAUUAUUACACCAUAAGAACUAAAACCAAACCCUCUCAGUCAAGCUAAGAUAGAGAUAAUGGAGGCUAUAGAGCAUAGAUUUCUCAAUGUCAAUGGCAUAAACAUGCACGUAGCGGAGAUGGGUCCGGUGAACGGCCCAGUGAUUCUCUUCAUUCACGGAUUCCCUGAUCUCUGGUACUCCUGGCGCCACCAGAUUGUGGCGCUGGCUACUCUGGGCUACCGAGCAGUGGCACCGGAUUUGAGAGGCUUCGGAGACACCGACGUACCGGCUGAUCCGCGGAGCUACACCGUCUUCCACAUCGUCGGUGAUCUCAUCGGGCUCUUGGACACCGUGGCACCCCACCAGGAAAAGGUUUUUGUAGUGGGUCAUGACUGGGGAGCUUACAUGGCGUGGUUCUUGUGUCUGUUUAGACCUGACAGAGUCAAGGGUUUGGUUAAUCUGAGCGUGACUUUUCCUCCUAGAAACCCCAAGAUGAAAAUUUUGGACGCGAUUAGAGCUGUUUACGGUGAUGAUUACUACAUGUGCAGAAUUCAGGAGCGUGGAGAUAUAGAAGCUGAGUUUGCAGAGCUUGGUACACAGAGAAUUGUGAAGGAAUUCCUAACAUACCGUCAUCCAGGUCCUCUUUUCUUUCCUAAAGGUAAAGUUUUUAGCCGCCCAGCAGAAACGCCCCUUGUCUUGCCCUCUUGGUUGUCUGAGGAAGAUGUGCAGUAUUACACCAGCAAAUUUGAAAGGACAGGCUUCACUGGAGGAUUGAACUAUUACCGGAAUUUGAACUCAAACUGGGAACUCACUGCGCCGUGGACGGGGGCUCAAGUGAAAGUACCUGUUAAGUUCAUUGUUGGAGAUCAGGACCUUACCUACAAUUCUUUAGGUAACAAGGAUUAUAUAGAGAAGGGUGGGUUCAAGAGAGAUGUUCGAUUGUUGCAAGAAGUAGUUGUUAUGGAAGGAGUUGCCCACUUCCUCCAGCAGGAGAGGCCUGAGGAGAUCACUAAACAUAUAUAUGAUUUCUUUCAGAAGUUCUGAUUUGCCAUCUAAUGUCGUCUUUGUCAGAGACUAUAUUUGAGAGCUUGCAUUGCUUGCUCCUGUGGUUUGAAAAAUAAUUUUGAGUGUGGUUUUCCUGUUAAGCCUCUUUGUAGCUACUUUACAACUUAAGCUGGUGGCAUGUAUUCCUUGACUUUUUACAGGAGGAUCAAAAUAAGUAUUGUUCCCUUUCCUUUGUUUAA